AUGCGUUCCCAAUUGGUAAUUGUACUUCUUGUCGGUCUUGCUGCAUCAGCAUAUGCUCUUGACCUUUCCCAUGCUCAUAAACGUUCAAUUGAAGCUGAAGCAAAUGCCCGCGGUUUCUUUACUGACUUCUAUACUCAAGUUAUUCAUCCACCAAUGAAUCACAUAGCUACAAAUAUGGCUCUCUUGGCUGCACAAGUCUUAGCCGGCUUUUCUCAAACAGGUAUUCCUCUUCCAUCACAAGGUCGUAUCUUACAUCCAUCUGCUGUUCAAGUUCAAGCUGUCUUUGAUGGUUUAUGGCAAAAUACUGUUAGACCACUUCUUAAAAAUGUUCUCUCAAAAUAUUCAGUUGUCAUCGCACAAUUAUUCAGUACUAUUCCAACAAGUCGUAAUGAUUUAACUGAAGUUGAAAUGCGUGGCUUCUUUGAUACAUUAGCUGACAGUCUCCUCAAUAGUUUACAACUUGUUUGGUCAAAUGUAUUACAAAAACCAACUGAACAAGCUCUUUCAACUGCUGCUUUAUUGGGUGCUCAAGUUCUUGCUGGUGCUGGUGUCAAUGGUGUCAGUUUAGAUUCACUCUUCGAUUCACUCUUCGGAAAACGUGGUGCUGAAGCUCGUGGACCAAUCAUUGAUGGUCUUCUCUCACAUGCUACCGGUCUCUAUCACCAAGAAGUCAAACCUCUUGUAGAAACUGCAAUGAAUAAUGCUAUGCUCAGCCUUGCCGGUGUCUUAGCUAACUUUUCCAGCACAAUUGGCCGUCGUUAA